CAGUACUUUUAGUAAUCCCUCUUGAAUGAAAUAAAUCCCUUCCAUUUUUUAUAUGUAACGUUUUUCGCUUGCGUCCACUAUUCAUUACUUGUGUUAGCAGUCGUUAAAAUGUUGAAACUAUUAUCACUCUUGGCUAUUUUGCCAUAUUUGUGUCACUCUCUCCCAGCAACAACUCCAGAUCUAACACCAGGUCGCACCGCCCUUGAUAACUUUCCACUAAUCGAUGGCCACAAUGACCUCCCCUACAAUUUAUACUCAAAGCUAAAAAACCAAAUUUCGAAAUUUGCCUUCGACUCAGACUUAAGUAACGACACAGUUUUCGGUUUCCAGGCUUGUAAGUCAUGUUUUACGGACUUGGAACGAGCAAAAAAAGGCAAACUUGGAGGCCAGUUUUGGGUUGCUUACGUGGACUGCAAUCCCAGCAAUUACAGCACGAUUGUUUCGCGCAGUUUCGAACAAGUGGAUGUUAUACAAAGGCUCAUCAAAAAGUUUAGCGACCGUAUGCAGUUUGUAACAACGGCCGAUGGAAUUCUGGACGCUUUCAAAAAUAAAAAAAUCGCGAGUCUUAUUGGCCUGGAAGGUGGGCACUCUAUCGACAAUAAAAUGGCCCUUUUGCGCCAAUUCUACGACGCUGGUGUCAGAUAUAUGACUCUAACACACACUUGCAACCUUCCAUGGGCCGACGCUUCCCCGGUUGACGAUUCCAACAAUUCACCCGAAGUGAAUUUAACUAAGUUUGGUGAGAAAAUCGUUUUAGAAAUGAACCGAUUGGGCAUGUUGGUAGACCUGUCACACGUUUCCCACAAUGUUAUGAGUCGUGCACUUGACGUAUCAAAAGCACCGGUCAUUUUUUCACAUUCUUCGGCCUUUACUGUUCAUAAUCACCAUAGAAACGUACAAGAUGACGUUUUAGAGAAAGUUAAACUAAACCAAGGGGUUGUAAUGGUGAAUUUUUACACCGCUUUUGUCGGGAAUGACAACGCGACGAUCGAUGAUGUCAUAAAGCAUAUUAACCAUAUUGUCGAUAAGGCGGGAAUCGAUUGUGUGGGGAUUGGUUCGGAUUAUGACGGGGUUAGUAGCGUUCCCAAGGGAUUAGAGGAUGUGUCAAAAUAUCCUGAUUUGUUCGACAAACUUAAGGAACAAAAUCCCGAAAGGUGGACUAUUGCCAAUUUGGAAAAAUUGGCCGGGAAGAAUUUGUAUAGGGUUUUUAAGAGUGUGGAAGCGGUAAGGGAUCAAUUGGCCACAUCAAUGCCUGAUGAAAGUUUGAUUCCGGAUGAAGAUUUAGCAGAAAACACGGCUUCAGUCGGGGUUUUACCGACAUUUAUCUCGAUCGUGAUAUCGGCUAUUAUCCUCAAAUUGUAAUCGAAAUAGUGCCAAAUAAAGAAGUUUUCGCAUUUAA